AUGCGCAUCGGCCUUGUCCAGUUCUCGCCCGUUGCGGGGAAGACGGUCCGGAACAUAAAGCAGGUGGACAGAAUUCUCCGCGAGUCGGCAGUGGGCCAAUUAGACAUGCUGGUACUGCCUGAGAUGGCCUUUUCCGGGUACUACUUUGCGUCGGCGCAGGACAUUGAGCCCUACCUUGAGCCCACGUCCAGCGGGCACUCGACUCUCUGGGCUCAGCGUGUUGCCAAGCAACUGCGCUGCUUCGUGACUGUCGGGUACCCCGAAAGGACAACGACGAGUCCCGUGCGGCGGUACAGCUCAUGCGUGGUCGUGUCUGACACUGGUGAGGUGGUGGCCAACUACCGCAAGAGUAGCCUCUACUUCCAGGACGAGACAUGGGCAGAGGAGGGAGAGGGCUUCUUUGCGGGGGAGAUGCAGAAGCUCGGCCAGGUUGCCAUUGGCAUCUGCAUGGAUCUGAACCCCUACCAGUUCCGCGCAGCUUGGAGCGAGUUCGAGUUUGCACGCCAUGUGGUGCGUCACAAGGCACGACUGGUCUUGAUGCCGCUGGCAUGGGUGACGGUCCAGGACCCAGCGGAGUUCGACAAGGGGGCCGGGGACCCAGACAAGGCCACCCUGGACUACUGGAUCCGGCGGUUCGAGCCGGUCGCGGGUGGCAACGGUAUCCAUGGCGGUGAGGAGACGGUCGUCGUGCUGGCGAAUCGGUGCGGUCGAGAGGCGGACAACCUCUACGCUGGCACGAGCUGCGUGCUUGGCUUUGGCGGGGGCGAGCCGCACAUCUACGCGGUGGCCAGCCGUAGCUCGGUGGGACUCGUCGUUGCGGAUACUUCUCCUUGA